AUUGUUUCAGUACUAAUAUAGGCAUGUGGAGUCAGGUGGCAAAAUGUUGAUCAUGAAGACCUAAUGCAAGGUCUAACAUAAUUUAUGUAGAUAUCAGGAUGCAAUUAUAUUUGAUUGCUACCAGGUGUUUUAUCUACAAAAUGAAGGUGGUACUAGUAGGGCUGCUUUUUCUCUGUGUCAUGGCCAUACCUUCUGAAGCAACAACUAUUAAACUUUGCGGGAGAGAAUUUAUCAGAGCUGUUGUCUUUGCUUGUGGAGGAUCACGGUGGAGAAGACAACUUGGUGAUCCUUUCUCAGACGGGCUCAAAGAUGCCAAUGGAAAUUACAUGGAGAAGUCAAAAUCCCAAAGCAAUGAAUUAAUCCAGUACUACAUGGAGUCUGAGAAAGAUUUGCAAGACAAGCAACAGAAGUCUGUACAAAAAAGAAAUGAGGAUUUCGUACAGCUUACAAUCACUUGUUGUGCUAUUGGAUGCAGUGCAAAUACUAUAAAUUCGCUGUGCUAAAAAUAUUAAAAUCCAUCCAUGGAAACUUAUCUAAAUAAGACACAUCCUGUCGAGAAUAUAGUGUUUCAAAUCUUUUCUGUUACUCUUUGUA